UUGUUACAAUUGGGAGUUUGUUGUAUUGUUGUUAUAUUACACAUUGUCUCAGAUUUAAAAUUGUUCCUCUGUGGAAAUUGGAAAUGAUAUGACAAUGGUAUUGAAUACUAUUUGCAAAUAUUACUGUGUCUGAUAUAAACGAAGAGAAGUAUAUUCAAGUAUUUUGAGAUUUUUGAUUUUUUGAAAUGGAUGAGAAACUUCUUGAAACGACUAUCGAGGCCCUGUUAAAUCGCGUGCAGGAUUUGAAAAAUUCUUGCCAAACAUUUCUCAUAAAGAUAGAACAGCAACAAUUAACCUGGCCACAGCUUUUGGACAAUUUUGCUGUCAUUUCAGGUCAAGUUAGCACAUUGUUUAAAAUUUUAAAAAGUGACAGAACACCCGUUCUUCGUAAUCUUGUUCUCUUGCCUCUUCUUGUUCAACAAGAGACAGAUACAGAGUUACAGAGAAUAUCUGAAGGUCGUAUCCACGCUUUCAAUCACGAAGUUGUUCCUGAUCAUCUGAGGACAAAAUACGAACCAGACGUGGAGGAGAAAGAAGCUGCGCUGUCUGAAAAGACGUCUGCAAUAUCUGACGAAUCAACACAGAGACAAAUAUCAGAUUUUAAUGCUAUGCUUUCGCAUGUGUUGGAUAUGAUUGGAACAAUGCGUGAUGAGUGGGAUGCUGACCAAGUUUCAGCUGGAAAACCAUCAACAGCAGUUAAUACUGAUGUAUCUAAGCUUGUCGGUGCAGUGACAUACGGCAAAGGACUGUCGUCGAGUUCAUCAAGCUCAUCGUCUCAUAAGUCUUCAUCACAAGGUCGUCAUUCGUCUUCACAACGCUCAAGUAGUAAUUCUUCUGGAAAGGUUUCCAGUAGUGUUAAAACUGAUUUAAAGACUAAAGUAAUCGAUGCUGGCAGCCCGUAUGGUGCAAAAUAAUUAUGCAGCUGUAAUACAUAAUCAGAGAUUCUUUUGAUAAGUUGUUACUUUAUGGUAAUAAUUAUAUACAAAUUUGUUUCAA